AUGAAAGAUCAACAAUUCACUUUAUUGGCAGACAACAAUGUCAUUGAGAAACCAAUUAUAGACGACCGUUCUUAUAGAUUUAUCAAAUUAAAUUCAAAUGAUUUACAUGUUUUAUUAAUCAAUGAUCCAACUGCUGAUAAAUCUGCUGCUUCAUUAGAUGUUAAUGUUGGUUCAUUUGCUGAUAAACAAUAUCAAAUCCCAGGAUUAGCUCAUUUUUGUGAACAUUUAUUAUUUAUGGGUACUGAAAAAUAUCCUCAAGAAAAUGAAUAUUCCAGUUAUUUAUCAAAACAUUCUGGUCAUUCAAAUGCUUAUACUUCAUCUGAACAUACUAAUUAUUAUUUCCAAUUAAGUUCGGAUUAUUUGGAAGGUGCUUUAGAUAGGUUUGCUCAAUUCUUUAUUUGUCCAUUAUUUAGCAAUAGUUGUAAAGAUCGUGAAAUUAAUGCCGUUGAUUCCGAAAACAAGAAGAAUUUACAAAAUGAUGAUUGGAGAUUACAUCAAUUAGAUAAACUGAAUAGUAAUCCAAAUCAUCCUUAUAAUGGAUUUCUGACUGGUAAUUAUCAAACAUUACAUGUUGAACCAAUUGCGAAGGGGAUAAAUGUAAGAGAUGUAUUAAUAGAAUUUCAUAAAAGUCAUUAUUCUUCAAAUUUAAUGAAUUUAGUUAUUCUUGGUAAAGAAGAUUUAGAUACUUUAACUUCAUGGGCAAUUGAUAAAUUUUCAGCAGUUCCAAAUAAAAAUUUACCUAGACCUCAAUAUAACGGUUCAAUAAUUUUACAACCUGAGCAUUUAGGUAAAUUAACUAAAGCAAAGCCAAUUAUGGAUAAUCAUCAAGUUGAACUUAUGUUUAUGGUUCCUGAUGAUUUAGAAAAUCAGUGGGCAACAAAACCUCAAGGUUAUUUCUCCCAUUUAAUUGGACAUGAAAGUGAAGGAUCUAUAUUGCAUUUUUUGAAAUCAAAAGGAUGGGCUACUGAAUUAUCUUCCGGGAAUAUGAAAAUUUGUGAAGGGAAUUCAUUCUUUAUUAUUGAAAUACAUUUAACUCCUCUGGGAUUGGAGAAUUGGAAACAAAUUAUUCAAAUUUCAUUUGAUUAUUUAAAUCUUAUUACAAAAGAACAUGAACCACAACAAUGGAUUUGGCAAGAAAUGCAAGAAAUGUCUCAGAUUAAUUUUAAAUUUAAACAAAAAUCAGAUACUUCUUCCACGGUAUCAAGAUUAAGUAGUACCUUAUACAAAUAUCCUGCAAUAAUCCCUCCGGAAUAUAUUUUAAGUUCUAGCAUAUAUCGUGAAUUUGAUCCCAAAUUAAUUAAACAAUUUGGUCAAUAUUUAAACCCGGAUAAUUUUAGAAUUACAUUAGUUUCUCAAUCAUUAACUGGAUUAACCAAACGGGAAAAAUGGUAUGGAACAGAAUAUGAAUUUGAACCAAUUCCUCAAGAUCUUAUGAAAGCCAUUCGUUCUCCAACUAAGAAUCCAAAAUUACAAUUCCCAAUUCCAAAUGAUUUCAUCCCAACUGAUUUUGAAGUUCUUAAAAAGAAAUCACCAACUCCACAACUCGCUCCUUAUGUUAUUGAAAAUAAUAAUAAGAUGAAUGUAUGGUAUAAACAAGAUGAUCGAUUUGAAGUCCCCAAGGGUACUAUUGAAGUGGCAUUUCAUAUUCCUAGUUCAAAUACUGACAUUUAUUCAUCAACUUGCGCAGCAUUAAUGACGGAAUUAUUGAAUGAUGAAUUGAAUCAAAUUACAUAUUAUGCAUCUUUGGUUGGGUUGAAAGUACAUAUAAUUACUUGGAGAGAUGGGAUUAAUUUUAAAGUUACUGGAUAUAAUGAUAAAUUAGCAGUGUUGUUGGAAAAAGUAUUACAAAAAUUUGUUAAUUUUAAACCUGACAAGGAAAGAUUUGAUGCAAUUAAAUUUAAAUUACGUAAAGAAUUUAAGAAUUUUGGAUAUAGUGUUCCAUAUGCUCAAAUUGGAACCUAUUUUUUAACUUUGGUUAAUGAAAAGACUUAUCUUUAUGAUGAUAAAGUAAAAAUAUUGGAUGAUAUUUCAUUUGAAGAUAUUUAUAAAUUUUCUACUGAAGAUAUUUGGAAAUCAGGUAUAUUUGCUGAAGUUUUAAUUCAUGGUAAUUUUGAUAUUGUAAAAGCAAAUGAUAUUAAGGCUACAAUCCAAAAUGCUAUUCAAAAAAUUAAACCUAUUGCUAAUGAAUAUAAUCAAAUUGAAGAAGUUUUCAGAAUGCAAAAUUUCAUUCUUCAACUGGGUGAAGUUAUAAGAUAUGAACUUCCUUUACAAGAUGAUAAAAAUAUUAAUUCAUGUAUUGAAUAUUAUAUUCAAAUUAGUCCCGAUUCUGAAGAUCCAAGAUUACGUGUCUUUACUGAUUUAUUGGCUACUAUUAUUCGUGAACCUUGUUUUAAUCAACUUAGAACUAAAGAACAAUUAGGAUAUGUUGUAUUUUCAGGUGUUAGAUUAGGUAGAACUUCUUUGGGGUUCAGAAUCUUGAUACAAUCAGAAAGAACAAAUGAUUAUUUAGAAUAUAGAAUUGAUGAAUUUUUAUUACAUUUUGGAAAAUAUGUGAAUGAAAAAUUAACUCAAGAAGAUUUUAAUAAAUUUAAACAAGCACUUAAGGAUUUCAAAUUAGCAAAAUUGAAACAUUUGAAUGAAGAAACUUCUAGACUUUGGAAUACUAUUACUGAUGGAUAUUAUGAUUUUGAAUCUAGACUUAAACAUGUAAGUAUUUUGGAGAAUAUCACCAAGCAGGAAUUUAUUGAUUAUUUUAAUGAUUAUAUCCGGGCAGGAAAUACAAAGACCGGGAAGUUAUUGGUUUAUUUAAAUUCUCAAAAUGCCAAUGAAAUUAGUCUUGAAAAGAGAGUCCAAAGUGCGGUGGUUAAUUAUGUUUAUAAACAUGAUUAUGAAAUCGAUCAUGAUAUUAUUGAAUCUAUUGUCAAAGAACAAAUUCAAGAAAAGAUCGAUUAUAAUCUCGUUACCAAGAAAUUAAUUGCAGAAAUUAGAAAAGUUAAUCCAGAUGCUGAAUUGGAUGAAGCACUGAUUGAAUCCGUAAUUCAGAUUAUGGUUGAAAAACCUGUUCCUGAAGAUUAUCCAACUGGACAAUUGAUAACUCAAAUUAAUGAAUUUAGAAAUGAUAGAUUAACUGGUGGAAUUCCAAAACCAGUUAAUCCAUUAUCGAAAUUUUAUUAUGAUCAAUCGCAUUUAUAG